AUGAGCCUCUCACUGUUACUCAGCUUGAUGGUCAACACAGGGGGUCCGAGUGGAGCUCACGCUGGUGUUCGUCCGAGGCGCGCCGCGCAAGAGGACCCAGAAGAACAAGUAGGGCAAGAAGCACCACCCCCGCGAGUCAAGGCGGACGAGCAGGAAGACCCGAAGCAGGCGGCCGCCACCGCCCCCGAGUUCCUGCCCGUCGUCAAGCAAUCCAAGGGCGUCAUGGGCGACGACCCUGCCGACCCCGAGGGCGAGGCCGUCCCCGCCGCCGGGCUGGUCUCCGCCAAGCAGUCCAAGGGCCUCAUGGGCGACGACGUGAGCGCCUCCUGCGUGGCACACGACGACACUGGACCACCGCCGACUGCAGUGCCGACUGCAGAGGGCGGAGCUGAGCCAACCCUUGAGGGUGCAGGUGCGCCAACCUCAGAGGGCGUAACUGAACAAACCCAAGAGGGUGGUGCUGUGCCAACCUUCGAGAGCGUAGCCGAACCAACCCCACAAACCGGUGACCCACUGUCCGGGCCUGAAGCUGUCGAACCACCUGUAGACGACUCUGGUGUACCAACCGCCGGAGCCACAAGUGCACCAACAGUGGAGGUGCCUGAAGCUGGGCCGAGCCCCGCAGCCGCCGACGUGGAGCCACCAGCGCUGCUCUCCGCCCGGCAGUCCAAGGGCCUGAUGGGGGACGACGUGAGUGCGUCUUGUGUCGCGCACGACGGCACGGCACCUCCCCCGACUGCUGCAGGUGCACCAACCUCGGACGGAGCCACCGCUCCACCCUUAGACGGCAGUGCACCGCCGUCGGGGCCUGCAGUCGAACCGCCUGCAGACGCUGCAGCGGACGCACCGCCCCCGGAUGCUGCAGAGGAGAGGCUGCUGGACCACGAUGGUGCACCGCCGACGGCAGCUGGACCGUCUCCAGAUGCUGAACAAGAUGAACAACCCCCAGCGGCCACCGAGCAGGCCGUCGCCGAGGUGCUCGCCGCCAGGCAGUCCAAGGGCCUGAUGGGGGACGACGUCAGCGCGUCCUGCGUGGCGCGCGACGCCUCGGGAACACCUGCCGGGGCCGCGGCUGGAGUAGUGGCGAGUGCCCAGCCAGAGUCGGCAGUUGAUUCAAACGCUGCCGCUGAACCACCCAUGGAGGCCGUGGAGCAGCCUCCCGGGGCUGAUCAGCCCCUCGAGGCCGGUGAGGCCGUUGGACCGUCUGAAGCUGCAGGACAGGCCCCCGGCGUGGAAGCUGGGCCAGCCCCGGAGACUGGCGCCUCUGAACAACCCGCGCCCGACGCCGAGCCACCCUCGGACUCCGCGGCCCGGCCGCUCUCCGCCAAGCAGUCCAAGGGCCUGAUGGGUGAUGACGUGAGCGCCUCGUGCGUGGCGCACGACGAGGACGCCGUCGGCGCCCCGUCCUCGACGGCGGCCUCGAAGACGUCCAGCGGUGCGCAGACGGACGGCAAGUACGAGCGGCCUCCGAGCCGCCACAGCAAGUCGUCCUCCAGGAAGACCGCCGACGUUGGCCACGGCGACGACCCCGCCGACGAGCACCGCGAGAAGCCGGCCGACGGGAAGCAGAUAUGUGUGUGGUAUGUGUCUUUGUUUUAUGGCUUUAUUGAGUUGUUGGCAGUGCAGGGAGUUCCAGAGAGCUGCUCGACGAGUCAAGCCCAUCGGUGA